AUGAUUACAAUUGUACCUACACUUACAAAUUUCAAUUUUUUGUUCUCUUCAACCAGUGAUUUCAACUGUACUUCACUUAUAGCUUCUUCUCUUCGACCGGUUAGUGAUUUCAAUUGUACUUCGCUUAUAGCUUCUUCUCUUCGACCAGUUAGUGAUUUCAAUUGUACUUUGCUUGUAACUUCUUCUCUUCGACUGGGUUGGCGAUUACAAUUUUACCUACGCUUACAAAUUUCAAUUUUUUUUAAAUUUGAUCAGGUUGGUGAUUCUAUUUGUACCUACAUUUACAAAUUUCAAUUUUUUUUACUCUUUGAUUGGGUUGGUGAUUUCAACUAUACUUUGCUUGUAACUUCUUUUCUUCGACCAGUUGGUGAUUUCAACUGUACUUUGCUUGUAACUUCUUCUCUUCAACCAGGUUGGUGA